AUGGCGGGAGAAAAGGGCGGGCUACACUCAGUCUUCACAAACCCCCAAUUUGGUCCCCAUCUUCAAUUACUCUCUCCUUCUCUCUCUCCUCCAUUAAUUUCUCCUCUCUUCUUGAGAAAUCUCUCUCCUCCAUUAAUAUUUCUCUUCAUAGAAGACAUUAAUCCUACAUCAGAUCAGUGGUUGAGAUCUCAUGUUCGUUUCUUGCAGUACAAGAAGACAUUUAAAGUAAUGGAAGAAGAGCUAUAUUGUGCAAUUAUGGACUUUAGAGGAAACAAUCAUUUGAUUCCAAUGAAUAUCAAGGGGACUUUCAGUAAUUUAGUGGCCGAGGUGCAAAGUAGAAUUGCUUUUUUUUCAAGCCCAGUGAAGCUGACUUAUGAAGUCCCAUAUACAGAAGAAUUGUUUGUACGUGUCCAUGAUGACGUCGAUUUGUCAACAAUGUUCGAUGUACAUCUAAGUUGCAAGAAGAAGAUAGUUAAGAUGCAUGUUGACAUAGAUCGAGAUACAUUAUUUGGUCUAGAGGAAAACACCAUUCACAUAAGGAAUCCUACCAUAUCUCUUUCGGAACAACAUGCAUCCUCGACGCAUAAUCUAUCCAAUUCAGAAAAUGCAUUACGUGAAGUUGAGAGAUCUAGUAUUCAGAUUCCUAUUUCAUGGUAUCAUGCCAUUAGAAGUGUCGGACAAGAAUUUAAUGAUGUUGAACAUCUAAGGCAAAGUCUUGGAAAUUACUCAAUUGCUCUCGGUUUUAACUUUGCUUAUUUGAAAAAUGAACCUAGAAGAUUGAUAGUAAAAUGCAAAGGUGCUGACUGUGAAUGGAUGGUCCAUUGUAACCGUCGUACAGACUGCAAACGGUUUUACGUGAAGAAAAUUGGUCGUGCACAUAGUUGUCUCGGAGGAGGCAUAGGAGAGAAGGGACAUCCACGGGCAUCUCGUAAGUGGGUUGCAAAUAUUGUGAAAUCCAUACUAAAAGAACAACCCACCUACCGCGCAAUUGAUCUUAAAAAGAAGCUUCUGAGAGAGUUUGGCGUUGAUAUCCCCUAUGGAAGAGCUUGGUGUGGGAAAGAGCUUGCUCAACAGGAGUUAUAUGGGUAUGCAAAACAUUCAUAUGAACAACUUAGAUGGUACAAGGAUAAAGUUAUGGAAACUAACCCAGGAUCAAUCGUCCAUCUAGAACAUGAAGAUGGCAGAUUUACUAGAUUUUUUAUCUCAUAUUAUGCUUGUUGGAAGGGUUUUGUCGAGGGAUGUAGACCAAUUUUAUUCUUGGAUGGCACCCAUCUUUUUGAUAGGUACAAGGGAACUCUACUUGCUGCUACUGCUUUGAAUGGAGAUGGAGGAAUGUUUCCUGUCGCUCUUUGUAUUUGUGGAACCGAGAAUGAGAGCAAUUGGGAGUGGUUCCUUGAAUGCAUUCGUGACGUAUUGUACAAUUCAGAUGAUCCAUAUACUCCGAAUGAUGAGCUGGUUAUAAUCUCUGAUCGAGACAAAGGACUUCAAAAUUCCGUCAAGAAUUGCUUCCCUUGUUCAUAUCACAGUUAUUGCAUCCGCCAUUUAAUGGCCAAUUAUAAGAACAACUUGUCAAAGAAAAGGUUACCAGCACCACUUAGGGAUGAUUGUGUUCAAAUUAUGAAGAGAGCUGCCUAUGCCUACACAAUGCAUGCUUAUCAUAAUGAAUGCAACGAGCUCCAGAAUAAGUCAUCUAUUGCUUUCAUUGAAAUGCUGAAUAUGAGCCCACAGAACUGGGCUAAUUGUUAUUUUCCUGGAAAGAGGUAUGGGUGGUUAACCUCAAAUCUAGCUGAGUCCUUCAACGCAUGGAUUAAGGAAGCCCGAUUUUUACCGAUAGCGCAGUUGGUUGAUCACAUCCGGGUGAAGAUGAUGAAAAUGAGCUACGAUAGACGUGAGGAAUCCAACAAAUGGACUACACCACUUGUUCCUAGUGUAGAGGAGCAUCUUGUCCUGAUCAACGAGGGUGCACGUUGUCUUCAUGUUAAUCCUUCUACGUCGAUUCUGUAUGAAGUAUAUGAUUCCCCAUCUGUUAGAGUGAAUUUGGAGUACCACACAUGUAUUUGUCACCAAUGGCAAGUUCUUGGACUACCUUGCAAGCAUGCGGCCGCCGUAAUCAGGCACAAAGAUCAGCUAUUGUAUCCAUAUAUUUCUGACUAUUUCAGCACGGAGGUGUACCGCAAGUGUUACUCCUUUCCCAUAUAUCCAAUUCCUGAUGAUGAGAAGCCAAUUAUAACGGAUGAGAAUAUGGAGAUUAGACCUCCAUUAACCUCGAUUCGUAGAGGAAGGCCAAAAACAAAGCGGAUCCCUUCUGGACUAAAUCCUUCUAGAAUGUUGAAGUGUAGCCGAUGUAAGGAGUUCGGUCACAAUCGACGAACAUGUAACCAACCAAUAGCUGAUUGA